ACUAGGAAAUCCUCUUCUCUCCUCUCUGAGACACACUGUCACAGAAAUACUCCCUACAAUAGGGAUUGUUCUUUCUGGUCUCCUCCCUUCUCUGAGAUAAUAAUCAAUAUAAUAAUAACAUGAGUGAUCUCCAGCCUGAUCCCCGGACCGGAGUCACACUGGAGUUGCUCUGAAUCUUCCUGGACUGAACACCGAUCUCCGGGGACCGAUCGUCUGCACAGCUCAGAUAAAAGACCCGAAUCGCAUGAAAAUGGAACAACCAACCUAUCUGCUCAUUCUCAUCUCUUCGUGGUUUUUACUCGAACUGACUCUCUCUGAGAAAGAGAUUUCCUUUCUGCCUACAAAUAUGAAGAUCCAUUUAUACCCGGGACUCAUCCAGAUCACAUGGGACUGCAACAUAACCCAAUCUAUGAAGAACUAUGAAUACCAUAUUACGUUGCAGCAUAAAUCUGGUGACGUGUUCAAUGUUUCUGCUUGCAUCUUUGAGAAUAUUAUUCCAAAACACAUGGAAUUUGAAAUUCACCGCGGAUUGCAUGUAGAGAUACAAAUUCAUAAUGGAUCUGAUUACAUUAAAAUUAAAGAGCUAACAGCAAUGCCUGAAGGCAAAGAGAACACCGGUGCAGAAAACCUUUCCUGUGAGGUCUAUAAUGUCUCUAUUGUCAACUUUUCAUGGACUGCGGGUAGAGAAGCCCCAAACGACACCCAAUACUCCUUGGUCAUCAGGAAUAAAAACGUUUUCAUACCAUGUGAAGACUACAGAAAUGAUUCUUUCGGCAGACAAGUCGGGUGUGUCUUAAAAUCUCCAAACAUUCGUUUUGAUGUGACUAAUUACAUACAAUUGGUGGGAUCAAGCCCGUCAAGUGAAGAAACUUCCAUCCGAUUUUAUGAUAGACUGCUUAAGCUGAACGAUUACGUUAUUUUAGAUCCUCCGAGAAACAUACGUCUGAAUUAUAGCGGGAAUAUCCUUGAAAUUACCUGGGAGAAGCCGGAGACAUACAGCAAUAUGGGCGACAAAAAUUUUGAAUACAACAUUAAUAUAACUGGGACUAUAGUGCCAUCAGAUAAGAUUGUACAAGCUCGGAGAGGGCGGAAUUCAUACAAAGUAAAUAAACUGCUCGGGAAUGAAAUCCUCGCCGUAUCCAUGAGAGCGAAGUGCAAGCAGCAAUAUUCGAAAAACACGACGUGGAGUCGAUGGAGUGAGCCAAUCAUAUACGACUCCAGACCUGGUUCUACACCUCUUGCACCUCACCACAUCCUACUUCUCCUGGGAAUAGUGACAGCGACUGUCCUGAUCGCCAUCGUGUUCCUGUGUCACAGGUUCCGGAUAUGGAAAAAGCUAUUUCCAAAAGUUCCACAGCCAGCAAUGAAGUAUUUUGAUCAAUCUGUACAGAAGGAGUUUCAGGAUCAGAACAUAUCGAUGGAAAGUCCGCCAAAAAUAAGCGAUGAUGAAGAAUGCAUCUGCUCCGCUAUAACAGAAAUAUCUAAAAAAGAUCAACUUGAAAUUAUAAUUUGAUCUCGGGGGUCCUUGGCUGGUAUUGAACACGGGGGUCCUGGGCUGGUAUUGAACUCGGGGGUCCUGGGCUGGUAUUGAACUCGGGGCUCCUGGGCUGGUAUUGAACUCGGGGCUCCUGGGCUGGUAUUGAACUCGGGGGUCCUGGGCUGGUUUUAAACUCGGGGGUGCUGGGCUGGUAUUGAACUCGGGGGUCCUGGGCUGGUAUUGAACUCGGGGGUCCUGGGCUGGUAUAGAACGUGGGAGUCCUGGGCUGGUAUAGAACGUGGGAGUCCUGGGCUGGUAUAGAACGUGGGAGUCCUGGGCUGGAAUUGAACUCGGAGGUCCCGGGCUGGAAUUGAACUCGGAGGUCCCGGGCUGGAAUUGAACUCGGAGGUCCCGGGCUGGAAUUGAACUCGGAGGUCCCGGGCUGGAAUUGAACUCGGAGGUCCCGGGCUGGAAUUGAACUCGGAGGUCCCGGGCUGGAAUUGAACUCGGAGGUCCCGGGCUGGAUUGGAACUCGGAGGUCCCGGGCUGGAAUUGAACUCGGAGGUCCCGGGCUGGAAUUGAACUCGGAGGUCCCGGGCUGGAAUUGAACUCGGAGGUCCCGGGCUGGAAUUGAACUCGGAGAUCCCGGGCUGGUAUUGAACUCGGAGGUCCCGGGCUGGAAUUGAACUCGGAGGUCCCGGGCUGGAAUUGAACUCGGAGGUCCCGGGCUGGAAUUGAACUCGGAGGUCCCGGGCUGGAAUUGAACUCGGAGGUCCUGGGCUGGAAUUGAACUCGGAGGUCCUGGGCUGGAAUUGAACUCGGAGGUCCCGGGCUGGAAUUGAACUCGGAGAUCCUGGGCUGGUAUUGAACUCGGAGGUCCCGGGCUGGAAUUGAACUCGGAGAUCCUGGGCUGGAAUUGAACUCGGAGGUCCCGGGCUGGAAUUGAACUCGGAGAUCCCGGGCUGGUAUUGAACUCGGAGAUCCUGGGCUGGUAUUGAACUCAGAGGUCCCGGGCUGAUAUUGAACGCCGGAAUCCUGGGCUAGUAUUGAACUCUGAGGUCCUGGGCUGGUUGUGAUAUGUAUAACUUUGUCCAUGGACUUUGGGCUUGUGUUGAUGGCAUCAGUUUGGGACGCCUUUUAAGAUCAUUUAGAAUUCAUUGACAGGUGCCUUCAACCCUUGUUUGACCCGUCUGUGAACUGCAUUUGAGCCGUUUCAAGCAAGUUUUACAGUCCUGUGACGAACCCAGGACUGUCCGCCCUCAAUGCCUCCUCUGUCCAGAACCAGCACCAUCCAAGACUCUUUAGCCCAUCCAGUCACCAAACCACACCAGUCUUGGAGUACAUCAGGAAUAGCCUCUUUAUUUGAGAUGUCACACAAAUAUAUACACAAGGAUGACAAUACAAACUGUAACCAGAAACCUAAUUAACAUGAGCUAAUUACCAAUCCUUCAGACAGCCUAGGUGACUCAGAGGCAUGACCUUUAGGACAGACUUGCCGUCUUUUAGCUCAGAAGACAUAAUCAACACGAUCAUAAACAGAAACACAGAAAACCUUCUCACAAUAGCAAAGUUAAUUAACACAAACAACAAUGGGUGAAAUACUCGUAGAGCCCAUACUAGCCUUAUAGCAGAUUAUAGCAGUCAACAGACAGACAGGUGGCUGGAGUUGAUGACAUCAGCAUCUUCUAUCAGCUCAUUUUAACUCACACUGGGGAUUCCUGACAGGCAGGGAGUGAGAGGGGGAGAGAAGACAGCACAUUACAUGGUAAGACCUACCCCGAAAAUAAGCCCUACUGUGUCUUUUGUUGCCAAAAUUAAUAUAAGACCGGGGCUUGUUUUCGGGGAAUCACGGUAGAUAUUUGUCUCCAUUGUAAGAUUCCUCCUCACCUUUUGUUCUUGGGACAAUUUUAAAUGAAAUAAUGGUAUUUCCCAUUUACUUUAUUUACCUCGAUGACCCUGGUUACCAGUACAAAUAGAGGGGUGAAUCUCCCCAAUGGGGACACAGAUGACAAUAAAAACUUGACAGAAUGUCUAACCCUUGCCCACUCUGGGACAGAUUCUUGUACAUCCACGUAUCUUUGCGCGGGCGUAACGUAUCCGAUUUACGUUACGCCUCCGCAACUGCUGUAUUCUCAAAGCA